AUGCCGGAUGAGCCGCGUCGCAUCAUCUUGGAGAAGUCCAAGACCGUUAAACGCCGGUACCAGCGCAGCGACCAACGAUUUAAGUUCACCGCAUCCCAGAUCGCGCGGCUAGAUCGCGAGGAGGAGCGAGAAAAGAAAGCAAAGAAGCUACGCGAGAAGGAAAAGAAACGCAUUGCCAACAAAAAGAGGAAAGCUGAGCAGGAGGCGCAGGCCCGUGAGGAGCGCAAGCGUCGCGGCAUCCCAGAUCCACAUGCAGCACGCGUCCCGUCGAGUCAGCCGCUACUGUCAAUGUUCCUAGGGAAGCGACAGUCACCUGCUGCACCGGAACCUGCGCCUACAGUUACGGAGGUCGAAUCAUAUGAUGACAAUUUGGGGAGCGUUGGUGGAGAUACAGAAGCUGACUCGGAUGCCUUUGACGACCUGGAUGAGGUGUUAGGAAAUGAUCUAUCUGGGAUUCGAGAUGCAGGCGUCCUGGAAGAACCCGAAGGCCAGGAUACUGGCACCGCGACUCGGGCUUCAUUCAAGGAAGAAGAUGAGUUCUCGGACUGCUCGGCGUUUGACGACGAAGAGGUUGUGAAAAAAGCCGUAACGGCUGCUACCACACGAGCGACUGACGAAGAAACGAAGAAUACCUCUGUACCCAAUGAAUCGCCCUCCCUACAACCUCCCCCGGCUGUGCUCACGCUAGAAUCAUCUUUCGGGGAAUCGUUCCAGUUUGACCCCGCCGAUUUCCUUGAAGCUGAAGCGGCUAUUAUCACACAAACGAGUACUCACGAAACGGGAGACCAUUCCCCACCUGAGGAAACUUCCAUUUUACAACCUCCUUUGUCUGAUCAACCGCGCAGUAUACCCACAUUGGCGUCUUCUUUGGGAGAUUCCUUUCGAGACGAGACCGCAGAUUGGAUUGAAGAAGCAUUUGCACAUGGAGGCGGUGACCCUUUUGAUACACUCAAUAAAAAUCCCUCUCAAUGA